ACUUGUCAUAGGUGAUCGCACCAUGGUCGAAAUAUUGAAAAUGCAUUGCAUAUUUAAUUUGUAAACAACUCGCUUAUUUCCAAUAUCGUCAAUGCCUUUUUUCCCCUUUUUUUCUUCUUUUGAAUCCGUCCAACGUAGAACAAUUGGCUACGUUGACGAAAAGACGCUCAGGCAUGCGAAAGACGCCUCCUAUGACGUCGUUUGGGUCCUUUGACGUCACUCACGGUGGAAUUAUUUUUGGGAACUGGCUGGCUGCUACUUAGCUCUUGAACCAAACUGCGUGCGCUAAUUAUCUUCCAUGUCACUUUUGAAAUCAAACGCAUUUGACUGGUUUAUAAUUCAUAUGCUGCGUUACUUUAGUUUUCAGCUAAAAUAACCGGUCAAACGUGUCUUCGUUAUUUUGCUCGUUCCUGGUAGCUAGGAAUGUUAGCGCGCUCGCUCCGAGGCUAAUAACAAUAACGAGGCUCGUCACUUUGAUUGACAUAUGAAAUAUACUGGCGUUGCUUUGCCAACGCCCUUAAUGAUCAGUAGUAUACAUUAUUAGCUCUUACUUGUGGAUACCAACAUUGUAAUAUGGCGGAAUUGAGUCGAAUUGAUGUCACCGUGAAGACUCUGGAUUCACAGAGCAGGAGCUAUCAAGUCGGGGGCGAGAUGACUGUGAGGCAGUUCAAGGAGCACAUCGCGUCAUCGGUGGAGAUCCCAGUGGACAAGCAGCGGCUCAUCUACCAAGGCAGAGUGCUACAAGAUGACAAAACGCUGACUAUGUACAAUGUACACGGAAAGGUGAUUCAUUUGGUGGAGCGUGCCCCACCUCGAAGCACCGUGACCGGCUCGGGGGGUGCGGAGGUAUCCAAUGAAGGGACAGCAGAUGACAGCAGCGGUCAUAUUGCCGCCUCGCCACCUCAAGAUCGCAACGGUUACGUGAUGCUCGGGACUUUCAACCUCCCUGUCAACUUGUUGGAACCCCAAGCCGUGCAGCAGAUGAUGCCUGGAUUAGGUGAGUCUGGAAGAAAUGCCCGGGUCAGCACCAGCCCAGGGAGCAACGGCUCGCUGAACGUGCAGAUUAAUUUGGACCAGUCGGUGCAGAGCGAAGCUCGGAUGAGGGUGCAACUGGCUGAGAACCUGCUUCGGAGUGCUCACGCUCUGAUCCAAAGGCUGGAGGGUGUUUCCAGUUCGCAGGCAGAAUCCGAGUUGCCUCGCACCUCUUCAUCCUCAACAGCAUCGUCACCGUCGGGCAGAAUCGCUGAAGAAUCACUACCCAUGGAAACCAAUGCUCCCCCUGCUGCAUCAGCAGCAGCACCACCAGCAGCAGCAGCACCAGCAGCAGCAGCACCAGCAGCAGCAGCACCAGCAGCACCAGCAGCAGUAGCAGCAGCACCAGCAGCAGCAGCAGCAGCACCACCAGCAGCAGCACCACCAGCAGCAGCAGCAUCCACCUCAACACAGACUGAAGGGGCACCCGACACAGCACCCAAUCACCUGAGGCCAGCAGAGUUUGUUGCUAUUCUGUCUGAGGUGUGGAGGGUGGAGGAGAGGUUACGUCCUUUCAUAGAGAGGACCCACUCCAUCCUCGGGGCGGCCACGUCGGCAGACUACAACAACAAUACACAGGAACGAGAUGAGGAUCAACGCCUUCUCAACAUGGCUGGAGAUGCGCUACGUCUUCUGGGCAAUGCUUUGAUUGUGCUGGGUGAGCUUCGCUGCAACCUGGCGAGCCCUCCUCCACGUCACCUGUAUGUGCUCCGGCAUAGCCAUCCUGUCCUAGUCCGGUCCGCUCUGCCGCCGCACGUGCCCAUUCCGGUAAACGUGGGAACGGCAAACGGAGGACCUGCUGGGGAAAAUCUUGGCCGGCCAUCUCGAUCAGAUCACCUCCCUUCGGCGCAGGCUCCGCCGCCGCCUCCUCCUCGUGCCAACGAGACCACGGAAGGAGCCCGGGUGAUCAGGAUCGCCCACCAGACUAUGGAGCCUGUCGUCAUGAUGCAUAUGAACAUUGAUGGUGAUACAAGUUCUGGACCGCCAAAUGCCACAAGUUCAGUGCAACCAGGCUUGCCCGCAGAGUUCAUGCAAGCCAUCGUCCAGCAGAUCUCCCACCAAGCAGCCACCGUGGCGGCGCCGCCGCCGCCGGCGGUUUCAGCCAAUCAAGCGACACGCACGACGGGCUCCGCAGUCGGUCAUGAAGGGAUGGCUUCUUCGGCGCCGCCCGCUCAGGCCAGAGCGAUCUUCACCAGACCACCGUUCUCCCCCCAUAUCUCACAUCCUAUGGGAACGAGAGGGACCUCCAACAACUUCCGAGCUGCGAUGCCUGGAGCAGGCCAACAAGCAGGACAGCCAGCUGCCGGCGACACGGCGGAAGAGUCCACGAGGCGGAGAUUGGACCCGGAGGUUUUACCCGGCCUCGUGCAAGCAGCGCUGUCGACGAUGACCGGGGCACAGCAUGGCAACGGAGAGAGCAUCGCACAGUUUAUUCAGAGACUUUCUCAGAGCAGCAAUAUCUUCACACCUGAAUGGGGAGGGGACACGGGCUUCUUUGGCGACCUGUUGUCUAUGGUGUGUCAGAGCUUUUCCAUGAUGGACAUGGUGCUGUUGCUUCACGGAAGCGAUCAGCCUCUGAGCCGCAUCGGGCCCCAGCUGACUGAAUUCUUCACCCAUCACUACCUGGGCGGCGGCCAAGAGCCCACUGACGCCAACGUAGCUAGAGCAGCUGAUGACCUCAUCAAUGGUCUGGAGGGGUUCAUUGCGGAGAGCUUUUCAAAUGUGGCCGUACGCCGUGGAGUGGACAUCGUUCAGAGCAACCUAGCUUUCCUCAGGCGACAGCUCGCAGUGAUAGCCUCACAUGUGCUGCGCUGCAAUGAUGCCACCUUUGGCCCCUCUCUGCUGUUGCUGUGCACCCAAGGUCUGUUUGAGUGUCUUGCCCUCAACUUGUAUUGUCUGGGAGGAGAACAGAGAGCUCUGACCGCUGUCAUCACCCGCCGCAUUAGGAGAAUGUUCUCCCUAGGUAAUCCCAGUUUGUUGAACUGUUUGACCGGUAUGAUCUCCAUGAGGUUGCAGGAUAUUCUGGAGGACAACCCAGUUACCCGGGAUCACAUUCAGCGCUAUGUCGUAUCGGACGACCGGAGGGCAGCGGCAGCGGCAGCAGCAGCAGCAGAAGCAGCAGCAGCAAAAUCAGCAGCAGCAGCAAAAUCAGCAGCAGCAGCAAAAUCAGCAGCAGCAGCAGCAGCAGCAAAAUCAGCAGCAGCAGCAGCAGCAAAAUCAGCAGCAGCAAAAUCAGCAGCAGCAGAAGCAGACACUGGACAACAGCCAGCUGAGAGUCAGAAUGUAGAGAUGGAGGAGACUUUAUCUCCAGCAACCACAGCAGAGGAGGCCAACGCAUGGUCCGGCGACGGCCGAGAGAACACGCCCCCGGGAUCUGCCGUGACCCCGCCCGGACGUCCGGAGCCGACCCAGGAGGUGGAGCCGUGGGCAGCGUCGCUUCCACCGGAAUGGGUUCCAAUCAUCAGGCACGAUGUGCAUUCUCAAAGGAAGCUGCGAGCACAGCCGCCGCUGUCUGACGCCUACCUCCAGGGGAUGCCCGCUAAGAGGAGAAAGUGGAAAGGAACGGUCCGUGAUGGCAGCGCGCUUUCCCUCCCUCCUCAGAUGACGCAGGGCCAAGGACCCAGCCUCUCCUUGUCGGACGCCGUCAGUCGAGCCGCUCGCUCUGCCGGAGCCCUGCCGCUUACUGCCGCAAACAGCCUCCAGGGAGAGCUGGAGGGUUCCCAUUUGCAGGAUGCCUAUGCCACACAGGUCAAGAAGGACAUCAAAGCGCGAGUGCUCGCAGAUCCCGACUACAACGCUCAGAAGUUCCCCAACACGCAUCGAGCUUUCUCCUCGGAUGACUCUUAAUCUGCCCAAGAUGCAUAGCAGAAUGUGAACACGAGUCAAGUGUGUGUCUGUGUGUGUGUCUGUGUCUGUGUGUGUGCGUGCGCGUGCGUGUGUUCCUGUGCUCAAAUAUUUGUGUGACGGAUGCUUUCAUUUGACAUACUCGUACUCAUACUCAUAUACUCCUACUCGUAUUCAAAAAAGAUUCAAUACCAGUGAGCAUUUGGAACGUAUUUAGAAAAUGAAAUACAAAAUGUUUUCUUAGAAGAUAUAAAACAUGUUACAGUACAAACGUGUCACGUUAGCUUUUAAAUUGCUGUCAAGUUGAGCUUCAUGUUAUAACCCGCCUCAUCAUUACAUCGGAUGAAAAAUGCUUUAACUCAUUUGUAUUUGACAUGAUGAUUUUUUCACUCAUUUGUAUUUUACUCUUUUAUAUUGAGCUUUAAUCAUGUUCCAUAGCAGUAUUAGAUCAGCUUCCCGGUCGGGUCGGUGCAGUGAAGGGAUAUUACAUCAAUAUUUGGAUCACGCAACAAGCGGAUGGAUGGAUGGAAAUAAAGUCUCUUAUUUCAAAUCUC